AUGAGGUCACACGAAGCUGUAAGCACAGGAGAGAAGAGGUUGUCGGGUUGGCAAGCGCGUUGCUUCAGGUCAGAAGGGUUUAGCACAAGGUUUAUUGUAUUAUAUUUAUUGGUCUCUCUGUGGAGCGGUCAGAGCAGGAAAAAUAGUGCUAGAGAUAUAGGGCAAACACGAAAGGAGAACAUGUCGAGCAACAAUCAACAGGGCAACGGCCAGGUUCCGCAGUUAACGCCGUCAUCCAUGCGGCAACUGGCUUACAAGUUCCGGACGCUUGUAAGCGAAGCGCAGCAGGUAGGGGUGCGGACGCCGGAGGGUCUCGAGCUGCUGAAGAAGGCGUCGAACAUCAAGGCGAUCUACGAGACGUACCACCGGCAGCAGGCGCAGCAGGCGUUCCAGGUGCGGAAUCCGGCACCGGCUGGGCAAUUGGCGGCGGCUGGGACGGGUCAGGCGACAGCGCCGCGGCCGACGUCUUCAGUAGCGAGCAACAUCAAAAUGCUGUUGACGCCGCAGCAGCGCGAGGCCUACGAAAAGCUUACGCAGACGUUCAACGAGAGCGUGAAGAAUAUCACGGGGGAAUAUGAGUUUCUGAAAAAGAACAUCGAGGUGCUUGACACGGAGAUCAAGAACCGGCAGGGAGAGCCGAUGACGGUGAAGCAGCUGGAGACAAAGAAGAACGAGCUACUCACAAAGCUGACAGGGCUGAAUACCCAGUUCCAGGCGCUUCCUAAAAAGUUCCAGGAGGAUAAGAAGAAGUUUUAUAUCGAGUGUGCGGCCACGAACGUCAACUUGAAGAAGUUCCUACAGGCCACUAGCCAGCAGCAGCGGGCCAGCGCUGGGAACACCGGCACGACGAACUCGCCGGCUAACACCCAGCUAGGGGCAAACAUAGGCGCAGCGAGUGCUGCCACUCCUGCAGCUGCGAAUGCUGCACCAACAGGAAGCAGCGCUGCCACGCCUCAAUCGCAGCGCCAACAAAUGCAGCGGCCGAAUAGCGGGGCAAACAGAUAUCCUGCACAGGUGACUCCUGUAAAUGCGGCUGCGAACCAGAACAAUAGCGGCACAGCGAGACCAGUCAUCUUCAAGCAACCUAACCCGUCUAUCCCAAUACCGGAAAAUAUAACACCUCUCACUACGACUUCGGUGUCGUACCGCUCCAACAGGCCAACAAUAACGAGCGGUAGUGCAAUGAAUGCGUCCGCUCUGACUAUGCCCGUCAUGACAAAACUUCCUCCCUACGAGGUUGAUAGUGAGCGUGUCAUGUCGAAGAGGAAGCUCCGGGAACUAGUCAAGACAGUGGGCAUCGACGAUGGUGAUGGUGAGACCACCGUAGACGGCGAUGUCGAAGAAUUGCUUUUAGACUUAGCCGACGACUUCAUCACGAACGUGACCAGUUUUGCUUGCAGGCUCGCUAAACACAGGAAAUCUGAUAACCUAGACGUAAGAGACAUUCAAUUGCAUUUAGAAAGAAACUGGAACAUUAGAAUACCGGGUUAUGCUGCAGACGAGAUUAGAAGUACCAAGAAGUGGAACCCUACACCCGCAUAUAGCCAGAAGUUACAGGGAAUCUCUUCUGCAAGGGCGGCGAAACUUGCGCCAGCUACAACGGCCAAUGUGACCACAGGCUCGGCAAACGCAGCAGCUGUCGCAACUGAAUCAAACAAGAAAUAA